UUGUUCGCUUGCACAUGCCGACCUCUGUGAUAUUUUAGCUCUUUCCACCAGGUCGCGGAUGCCAGUCUUGCAGACACACGACUACAGGUUGGUCGCGUGAUGCUGCUUGUGUAGCCAUUUCAUAGGGGACAAAGGUCAGCUUAACGAGGAUACACGUGCGGAAAUUUGGACGUCCCAAUGGAAGACGAAAAGCAGCCCCCGUAUGUUCAGUAUCAUCCCGGUGAUGCUUCCAUCUCGUUGGUCCAAAGGGGGUCAGCGUCAUUCCAGAGUGGACCGAACAAAGCCCGGAAGUGUAGGUGCACAGCGAUGGGACUGUUGAAAGUUGGCGUUACGGUUUUCCUGUUCACAACAGUGGCUGCCCUGGCGUUAUUUUUGCUCCAACGAGGCGAGUUUAUCCCGUAUGCAGAGUAUCUCAAGACUACUGCACUACCAGAAGUCGCCAAUAUCACCUUAUUGGCUGCUGAUGAUCACUACAUCACCGUGGCAUGGGAUGAGCCUCCACGGAGCACUGACUUCUACUUGCUUGACGUCACCGGUGGGAGUGGUUACGAAAAUGACAGUCUUCGGAAGCAACGUACAAGAACCUGUAGCAAUGGCACCUUCAUCCGCGCUGGACAGACACAAGUCACAUGCGGCCCUUUUGAAGCCUGCUCAAACCUUAGUGUGACUAUUCGCACGUACACUACAGGACCACCAGAGCGCACCUCAAUGGGAACCACCUUAAAGGAAGUUUUCAUGAGUGCUAAGGAUCCAAGUGAACCCAGGAGCGUCACCAUGGUCGCCAAGUCACGGCACAUGACGAGACUGCUAUGGGAGCCACCAACUCAGAUACACGGGGUUGUGCACGGUUACAACGUUAAAGUGUGCGACAUGUUUACAGAAUGUGACCAAAAGAAGGACUUGAGUGACUGCAUUGAACACAAGGCUUCCGACACCUCACUAGACUUCAACAGCACUGAAGACACCCCCUACUGCGUCGUGAUUACGGCUAGUGCCCGGUGUGGUGAUAAAGUCCUCACGAGCCUUCCAGUGACGCAAGAAGUUAGAACGCCUCUUUUCUCACUCCCUGACGUGUCCAACCUGAAAGUUCACGGCGUAAAUAGCGGCCAUAUUACCUUUUCUUGGGAGCGACCGAAAGGUCGCUUCGACUACUAUUCGGUUGAAGUCGCCGCAGGCAAAGUCAGCAGCACGGACACUGCCAAACACAAGCUUGGUUUGUGCGCCAACGGUACCAUCAUCCAUCGUGAUCAGACGGAAAUAACAUGUGGCCCAUUGGAGCCUUGUAGUAACUUGUCCUGUACCAUGCGUACCCACUUGACCGGACCCCCUGAACGCAGUUCUCCUGGAGUGACAAUGAUGGGCAUCUUCGUCUCUGCCAAAGAGCCGAAUCCACCAACGAACAUUACGUUGUUCCCAGAAUCACCAUCGCGUACUCGAAUACACUGGGACUACCCGGACAAAGUGUCCGGCGUUAUGGCACCAUUCAAUGUGAAGAUAUGCAGUGCAUUCGGAUCAUGUGAUCGAGCAGAAGGCUUCAGUGAUUGUACGGAAUACAUGACCUCCGAGACAUGGGCAGUGUUUGACAGCAGAGAGGACACUGCGUACUGCGUACUGGUUACUGUAAAAACACAGUGUGGCGUGAACGAAGUAAGCAGUCGCCCUCUUAUAGCGGAAAUACGGACGCCGCUCUUUGGCCUCCCUGAUGCAUCCGAACUGAGGUUGCUCUCUGCUGUGGAGAACUCCAUCACUGUGGCUUGGGAAAGGCCGCAUGCUCGCUUCGAUUACUACUGGCUCUCCCUUGAGGGCGACGAAGACGAGGGACACGGCAAUGGUGAAAACGAACGCGUUGGAUCCUGCGGCAACGGCGCGAUCAUACACCCAAAUCACACACGCGUCACGUGCCCAAACCUGGAGCCUUGCACCAAAGUGAGCAUUACCUUACGCACGCACAGAAACGGGCCACCGGAGUGUACAUCCCCUGGAGUUACCCUCCGCGGAAUCUUUAUCCCGGGAAAAGACCCAGAUCCAGCAAAAAAUAUAACCAUGCUCGGAAAAUCACCAUCUCUUACACGUCUAAAGUGGGAAGGAUCGCCAAAUGUUAAUGGAAGAUUUCUUGCAUACACGGUUAAAAUCUGCGAGUUGUUCAAAUCUUGUGGAGAAGAAGAAAAUAUGCGCAGCUGCAUCGAAUUUCAAGCCCAUGAGACCUGGCUGGACUUUCACAGCAGCGGCGACACUAACUACUGCGUCGUGGUCACAACGAGCUCACAAUGUGGCGAGAAAGUUCUAAACGGUCGUCCAGCGGUCGCUGAAUUCCGGACACCUUUGUUUGUUCUACCUGACGUCACUGAUCUCCGCUUGAUGGCGGUUGAUAGUCACUAUAUCACCGUGGCCUGGGACAAACCUCGUGGUAGUUUUGACUUCUACUGGCUCGAUGUAACCAUUGAAAAUUAUGAUGAAGAAAUUAGUCUCCCUAAACAUCAAGCGGGUUCCUGUGGCAACGGCACCAUCAUCCGUGCUGAGCAGACUCAAGUCACCUGUGGCCCUUUCGAUCCCUGCUCCAAUAUUAGUGUCACUGUUCGCACGUUCGUCAAAGGCCCACGUGAACGAAUAUCGACUGGAAACACCUUAAGCGGUGUUUUCCUCAGUGGUCAAGCUCCCACUGAACCCAAGGGCAUUACUAUGGUCGUGAAAUCUCCGUCCAUGACAAGAAUCCAGUGGGAGGCACCAACGACUAUACAUGGCAUUUUAGACAUCUACAAGGUGAAAGUGUGCAAGGAAUUCACAAUAUGCGACCAAACGGAAAACAUUGGUGGAUGCAUUGAGCACAGUGCUUCUGAGGCUUGGCUGGAGUUUCAGAGCACCGCGGACACGUCGUACUGCACCCUCGUCACGGCCAGCGCACAAUGCGGCGUGGACGUCUUGAGGAGCCCACCAGCGACGCUGGAAGUUAGAACGCCUUUAUUCGCCCUCCCUGACGUGUCCAACCUGAAAGCAGUCAACGUCAAAAGUGGCCAGGUUACCUUAUCUUGGGAGCGACCGAAAGGCCGCUUUGAUUACUAUUCGGUCGAAGUCACCAAGCAGACGGUUAGCAGCACAGACACUACUAGCCACAGGCUUGGUUUGUGCGCCAACGGCACCAUCAUCCGUCGUGAUCAGACGGAAAUAACGUGUGGUACAUUGGAGCCUUGCAGUAACUUGUCCUUCACCAUGCGCACCCACUUGACUGGACCACCUGAACGCAGUUCGCCUGGAGUAACAGUAACGGGCAUCUUCAUCCCUGCUGAAGAGCCGAAUCCACCAACGAACAUUACGAUGUUCCCAGAAUCAUCUUCGCGGACUCGAAUACACUGGGACCACCCGCAGAAAGUGUCCGGCAUCGUGGCAUCGUACAAUGUGAAGAUAUGCAGCACAUUCGGAUCAUGUGAUCGAGCAGAAAGAUUGAGCGAUUGUAUGGAAUACGUGACCUCUGAGACGUUGGCAGUGUUCGACAGCACAGAGGACACUCUGUUCUGCGUCUUGGUCACUGCAAAAACGCAGUGUGGUGUUGACGAAGUAAGCAGCCGCGCUCUUAUAGCGGAAAUACGGACGCCGCUCUUCGGACUGCCUGAUGCAACCGACCUGAUGUUGCUCUCCGCCUUGGAAAACUCUGUAACUGUGGCCUGGGAAAGGCCACAGGCUCGCUUCGAUUACUACUGGCUCUCCAUCGUGGGCGAUGAAGAAGAGGGACACGGCAAUGCUGAAAGGGAAGGCAUGGGAUCGUGCUUCAAGGGCACGAUCAUUCACGCAAAUCAGACGCGGGUGACAUGCUCGAACCUCGAGGCUUGCACCAAAGUAAGCAUUACCUUACGCGCGCACAGAAACGGACCACCGGAGAGUACAUCACCCGGAGUUAGCCUGCGCGGGAUUUUUAUCCCGGGAAAAGACCCAGAUCCGCCAAAGAAUAUAACCAUGCUUGGAAAAUCACCAUCACUUACACGGCUACAGUGGGAAGGAGCGGCAAAAGUUUAUGGAAGAUUUCUUGCAUACACGGUAAAAAUAUGCGAGUUCUUUAAAUAUUGUGGUGAAGAAGCAAGUACGCACGGCUGUAUCGAACUUCAAGCACAUGAGACUUGGCUUGACUUUCACAGCAGCGUUGACACUAAGUACUGCGUCUCGGUCACGACCAGCUCACAGUGCGGCGAGGAAGUUCUGACUGGUCGUCCAGUGGUCGCUGAAAUCAGGACACCUUUGUUUGUUCUACCAGACGUCACCGAUGUCCGCUUGGUGGCGGUUGAUAGUCACUAUGUCACCGUCGCCUGGGACAAACCUCGGGGUAGUUUUGACUUCUAUUGGCUUGAUGUCGCCAUUGAAAAUGAUAUUGAAAAUAAUAGUGUUCCGAAACAUCACGCGGGUUCCUGUGGCAACAGCACCAUCAUCCGUGCUGAGCAGACUCAAGUCACAUGUGGCCCUUUCGAUCCCUGCUCCAAUAUUAGUGUCACUGUUCGCACGUUCGUGAAAGGACCACCGGAACGCACCUCGAUGGGAAGCACCUUGAAAGAUGUUUUCCUCAGUGGUCAAGAUCCAAGUGAACCCAGGAGCAUUACUAUCGCCGAGAAAUCGCCAUCCAUGACAAGAAUCCAGUGGGAGUCACCAAUGAAAAUACAUGGCAGUCUAGACAUCUAUAAGGUGAAAGUGUGCACGGUGUUCACAACAUGCGACCGAAAGGAAAACACUCGUGGCUGCAUUGAGCAUAGGGCUUCUGAGGCUUGGCUGCAGUUUCAGAGCACUGCGGACACAUCGUACUGCAUCCACGUCAUGGCCAGCGCACGAUGUGGCCUGGACGUCUUGACCAGCCCACCAGCUACGCUGGAAGUUAGGACGCCUUUGUUCGCGCUCCCUGACGCGUCCAACCUGAAAGUAGUCAACGUCGAAAGUGACCAUAUUACCUUUUCUUGGAAGCGACCGAAAGGUCGCUUCGACUACUAUUCGGUCGAAGUCACCGAAGGCCAGGUUAGCAGCACGGACAGCGCCAAACGCAGGCUUCGUUUGUGCGCCAACGGCACCAUCAUCCAUCGCGAUCAGACGGAAAUAACGUGUGGUCCAUUGAAGCCUUGCAGUAACUUGUCCUGCACCAUACGCACCCACUUGGCUGGACCACCUGAACGCAGUUCUCCUGGAGUGACAGUAGCGGGAUUCUUCAUCCCUGUUCGAGAGCCGAAUCCUCCAAGGAACCUUAUGAUGUUCCCAGGAUCACCUUCAAGGACUCGAAUACGCUGGGACCACUCGGAGAAAGAUUCCGGCGUUAUGGGACGAUACAUUGCGAAGAUAUGCAGCACAUUCAGAUCAUGUAUUCGAGCAGAAGGCCUGAGUGAUUGUAAGAACUACUAUAACUCCGCGACGUGGACAAUGUUUGACAGCACAGAGGACACUCCUUACUGCGUAUUGAUUACUGCAAAAAAAAAAUGUGGCCUUGACAGAGUAAGCAGCCGCCCUCUUAUAGCGGAAAUACGGACGCCGCUCUUUGGCUUGCCUGAUGCAACCAACCUGAGGUUGCUCUCCACCUUGGAAAACUCCGUAACUGUGGCCUGGGAAAGGCCACAGGUUCACUUCGAUUACUACUGGUUCUCCAUUGAGGGCGACGAACAUGAGGGACACAGCAAUGCCGAAAAGGAACGCAUUGGAUCGUGCGGCAAUGGCACGAUCAUUCACCCAAAUCGGACACGGGCCACAUGCUCGACCCUCGAGGCUUGCACCAAAGUAAGCAUUACCUUACGCACGCACAAAAACGGACCACCGGAGAGUACAUCACCCGGAGUUAGCCUCCGUGGGAUUUUUAUCCCGGGAAAAGACCCAGAUCCGCCAAAGAAUAUAACCAUGCUCGGAAAAUCACCGUCACUUACACGGCUGCAGUGGGAAGGAUCGGCAAACGUUUGUGGAAGAUUUCUUGCAUACACGGUAAAAAUAUGCGAGUUGUUUAAAUAUUGUGGUGAAGAAGCAAGUAUGCACGGCUGCAUCGAACUUCAAGCACAUGAGACUUGGCUUGACUUUCACAGCAGCAUUGACACUAAAUACUGCGUCUCGGUCACGACCAGCUCACAGUGCGGCGAGAAGGUUCUGACUGGUCGUCCAGUGGUCGCUGAAAUCCGGACACCUUUGUUUGUUCUACCUGACGUCGCAGACCUCCGCUUGAUGGCGGUUGACAGUCAGUAUAUCACCGUCGCCUGGAACAAACCUCGGGUUAGUUUUGACUUCUACUGGCUCGAUGUCACGAUUGAAAAUGACCAUGAAAAUAGUAGCGUUCCGCAACUUCAAGCGGGUUCCUGUGGCAACGGCACGAUCGUGCGUGCUGAGCAGACGCAAGUGACCUGCGGCCCUUUCGAUCCCUGCUCAAACAUUAGUGUCACUGUUCGCACGUUCAUCAAAGGACCGCCGGAGCGCACCUCGAUGGGAAAAACCUUAAAAGAUGUUUUUCUCAGUGGUCAAGAUCCCACUGAACCGAAGAGCAUUACUAUGGUCGUGAAAUCUCCCUCCAUGACAAGACUCCAGUGGGAGUCACCAACGACUAUACAUGGCAUUUUAGAUAUCUACAAGGCGAAAGUGUGCAAGAAAUUCACAAUAUGCGACCGAAAGGAAAUCAUUGGUGGAUGCAUUGAGUACAGUGCUUCUGAGGCUUGGCUGGAGUUUCAGAGCACCGCGGACACGUCGUACUGCACCCUCGUCACGGCCAGCGCACGAUGCGGCGUGGACGUCUUGACGAGCCCACCAGCGACGCUGGAAGUUAGGACGCCUUUGUUCGCGCUCCCUGACGCGUCCAACCUGAAAGUAGUCAACGUCAAAAGUGGCCAUAUUACAUUUUCUUGGAAGCGACCAAAAGUUCGCUUCGACUACUAUUCGGUCGAAGUCACCGAAGGCAAGGUUAGCAGCACAGACAGCGCCAUACGGAGGCUUGGUUUGUGCGCCAACGGCACCAUCAUCCAUCGCGAUCAGACGGAAAUAACGUGUGGUCCAUUGGAGCCAUGCAGUAACUUGUCCUGCACCAUGCGCACCCACUUGACAGGACCACCUGAACGCAGUUCUCCUGGAGUGACAAUAACGGGAAUCUUCAUCCCUGCCGAAGAGCCGAAUCCACCAAGGACCAUUACGAUGUUCCCAGAAUCGCCGUCACGGACUCGAAUACAGUGGGACAACCCAGAGAAAGUGUACGGCAUCAUGACAUCGUACAGUGGGAAGAUAUGCGGCUCAUUCAAAUCAUGUGAUCGAGCAGAAGGCUUGAGUAACUGUAUGGAAUACGUGACCCCCGAGACGUGGAGAGUGUUUGGCAGCAGAGAGGACACUGCGUACUGCAUCCUGCUUACUGUAAAUACACAGUGCGGCAUUCAUAAAGUAAGCAGCCGGCCAGUUAUAGCGGAAAUACGGACGCCGCUUUUCGACCUCCCUGACGUAACCAAGCUGAGGUUACUCUCCGCUAUGAAAAACUCCAUUACCAUUGCCUGGGAAAGACCGAAGGCUCGCUUCGAUUACUACUGGGUGUCCAUUACACCCGACAAAGGCGAGAAACACAUCAAUGCUGGAUCGUGCGGCAACGGUACAAUCAUUCACCCAGACCAGACCCAGGUCAAUUGCACAAGCCUCGAGGCUUGCACCGACGUGACCGUAAGCGUACGUACGCACAGAAACGGACCACCGGAGCGUACGUCCGUCGGAGUUGUCCUCCAGGACAUAUUUGUCCUAGGUGAACAACCGGAUUCACCAAAGAACAUCACCACACUGGGGAAAUCACCAUCGCUCACACGCCUUCAAUGGGAUCCGCCGGCAAGAGUGUUUGGAAGAUUUCUAGCCUACACGGUUAAAAUAUGCGACACCUUCAAGUCUUGCGGUACCCAGGAAAGCAUGAGCGGCUGCACCGAGCUUCAAACGCAGGACAAUGGGUUAGAUUUUCACAGCACAGUCGACACCAAGUACUGUGUUCUUGUCGCAGGAAGCGCCCAAUGUGGCGAACUGGUUCUGAACAGUCUUCCAGCGGUAGCAGAAAUCAGGACACCUUUGCUGCACCUCCCGGAUGUAAGAAAACUAAGCCUACUAUCCGCUGCUAACAAUUCCAUCACCAUUGCCUGGGAGAGACCGAAGACCCGCUUCGAUUACUAUUGGGUCAACGUUACUUACGAGAGUGGCAGUGUUAAAAAAAAUCGCAUUGGAUCGUGCGCCAGCGGAACCAUCAUUCACUCCGCAAGGACUCAGGUCAUGUGCACAAAUCUUGAGGCUUGCACCAAAGUUAGCUUCAACAUACGCACACACAGAAGUGGACCACCGCAGCAUACAUCCCAUGGGGUUGACCUGAAAGGCAUCUUCAUUCCGGGUGAAGACCCAGAUCCGCCAAAGAACAUAACCAUGCUUGGAAUAUCGCCUUCCCUUACACGUCUACAGUGGGUGCCGAGGCCAAAAAUUUCCGGAACAUUUCUUGGAUACGUGGUGAAAAUAUGCAGCUUGUUCAAAACUUGUGUAAGAGAAACAAAUAUGAGCAACUGCAUCGAAGUUCAAAGGCACCAGACCUGGCUGAACGUUAUUAGCCGCGUUGACACGAAGUACUGCGUCCUAGUUACAGCAAGGUCAAAAUGCGGUGUGCAAGUUUUAAAUGGCCCUCCAGCGGUGGCUGAAAUUCGGACACCUUUGUUUGUUGCCCCUGACGUAACGAAUCUACGCCUGGUGACCGUCGGUGUGGAUUUCUUCACUGCUGCUUGGGAGAAACCCAAGGGUAGUUUUGACUACUACUGGGUGGAGGUCAUCGAUGGCGACCGCCAUACCAGUGGCGCACGAGUGGACCUGGUAGGGCCGUGCGCCAACGGCACCAUCAUUCAUUCGGACCAGACACAAGUCACAUGCAGCCAACUCGAGCCUUGUAGUAAAGUGGGCUUCAAAGUGCGCACCCACAUCAAUGGACCACCUCCCCGAACUUCGCCUGGCGUCACAUUAAAUGAAAUACUGAUUCUUGAAAGCGUCCUUCCUGAUGUGACCCACCUGCAGUUGAUUACCGUUGGACUGGACCACUUCGUACUGAGAUGGCAACCGGUCAAAGCAUGCUUCGACUAUUAUACGGUGGAACUCAUCGACGAAAGCAGUGGCCGCAACAUAAGUGUGUCCUGCAACAAGGGUGUCGACAUCAAUGCAAAUGAGACGUCUGUCAUUUGUGACCAAAUAGAGACAUGCACGAAUGUGACGAUUCGAGUGAGAACGCACGCCAGGGGCCCUCCGAGACGCUCUUCCAGAGGCGCCGAACUUACGCACGUCCUGCUGAAAGGAAAAGUGGCUCCAGAAGUGAAGGAUUUGAUACUGGUGUCCCAAAGAUCCGACUCUUUCCGCGUGGACUUCAACGCGAGGAAGGACUGCUUCGACGAAUUUUACUACAACAUCACUUUGUGGAGAUUUUCUCAUCAUGAAGUCAAAGCUGCAUGCCGUCACGUUGAGUCGGAUCGUUCGUUGUUUCCUGAAAGACCUCAUGCAUUCAUCUGCAAUAAUGUUAAGGCAUGUGGCAUCGUGAACUUUGCUUUGGGGACACGCUUAUUGGGCCCACCUAUACGCAAUUCACGCGGAGUCCUCGUGGGCGGAAUGAGAAUCAGUGCUACAUGCAAGGGUUAAUGUCUCUGCUACGUAUAUUCAAGUUUGUAAGAAAGUGGAAUGAUGAAGGCCUUGCUACUCCAAGUGGGAAUGAAAUGCCACGACAUGAAAGAAGAAUAAACACGGCGUGCACGAUUAUUUGUUUUGUAGCCGUUGGCGCA